AUGAUAAUGGUGAUGGAAAGGAUGGAAGAGGAUAAAAAUUUCCACGGAGUGUCCCCGAUACUUGUGCGAAAAACAAUCCAAAGUUACUGUGGAAGCGGAACCAGCGCAAAGAAAACGAAGGAUGGAAAAAUUCUAGUGACGGUGAGGAGCGAACAUCAGGCAAAAAACCUGGCUAAAAUUGAAAAAUUGUGUGACGAAAUUACCGUCAAAGUGUACGAGCACAAAACUUUAAAUUCGAGCAAAGUAGUGAUAGUCUGCCGAGACUUGAAGGAAGUGAGUGACGACGAGCUUCUGGAAAACCUAUCCUCCCAAAGAGUUACGGAAGUCAAACAGUUGAUGAAAAUGCGCGACAAUGUUAAAACUCCGAUGGGAGUUUUCGUACUUACGCUUAAAGGAAAACCGCCCCCCAAAGAAGUUAAAAUUGGAUACACUGUGCUGGAAACAAGACCAUGGUAUCCAAAUCCGAUGCGUUGCUUCAAGUGCCUAAAGUUUGGCCACAUUGGAAGAAACUGUUCAAGUGAGAAAAGUGCGGGAAAUGUGGAAAUAACUAUCAUGAAGAAUGUGAAAACCGAGAAAAUUGUAUAA